AUGUCGUUAACUCUCAAAUCUCUUAGAUCGUGUAUCAACAUGCGCGUUCCUACGGUUGACUACAUGGACAUAGUCGAAUCUAACCCAGAACUCCACACCGAAGAAGCACAACAAGCGCUACUAGAAACAUUGAGUGAUGUGAUGCUGUCCAACCCAUUCUAUGUGAAAAAAUUCCUCUCUAAAUAUAUCCGCAUAUUGGAGACAUCUGGAGAGGUCGAUAGUGGUUUCUACGAGAUAUACUGUGAUCCAGUCAUAUUGGGAGCACAGGAGGAGCUGCCAACUUUCUACGAUUUAUUGGAAUACUCUGUGGGUGAGUCUUUACUGGUGAAAAUUGUGGAGAAUCCUAGGAUUAUUUCAGGCGCUGGAACAACUGGACUCCGAACAUGGGAGGCCGCAUUGUAUCUACUGAACUACCUCAACAAUGGAACCUCGAAUAUUGAUUUCAAUGGUAAAAGAGUCUUGGAGUUGGGCGCUGGGACUGGCUUGGUUUCUCUAGCUCUUCUCAAAAACCGGGACGUCCUUGACUUCAGAAGUUUGGUGGCUACCGACGGCAAUGCGGCACUAAUGGAAAGUUUCGGAAAAGCUCUCGAAUUGAACGAUCUAGACUCGGUGGGCGUUUAUUCGGAGCAAUUGGUUUGGGGCUCCAGCACAGACUUAGAGCCUGAUGCGGCGCAGUUCUUGCCAGAAGCCGAUAUUGUUCUAGGAGCUGAUGUGACUUACGAUUAUAUGGUCGUUCCAUUACUAUGUGAGACUAUUCGGGAUUUCUUAGAACGAGGCACCCAGUUGGUGUUGAUUGCGGCAACGGUCAGAAAUCUCGAAACCAUCCGGGUUUGGGAAGAACAACUUAAAGAAAUGUUUACUUGGAGGAUCCGUGAGACUUUGCAGGAUCCACACAAUAGUGCGAUGCCAAUUUGGUUUCGAAAGGGGACUCCCGAGAUUCGGAUUUAUGAGAUAACUGGGUUAAUCUAG